AACGUCUCCUAUCACGCUCAGUGCGCUUACUGUAAACGCUCAUGUAUCCAGUGCUCUAGACUUGCACACAAGCGUCGCGUCUACAAGUCUCAUGCGCACCCUAGGCGGCUUCGCGGGCCUCAGCUGCACGGCACCCGACUUGACGGACGCCAUAAGCGCUAGAAGGGCCGAAGAAGAUCUGGGGAAGAUACCGAACAAGAAGGUCAGUGGGGCGAAAACAAAGUACACAAUCCCGGGCCUAAUCGUGGACGCUGCUAGAAGCCACCGUGCGUGCCUAUACGAGCUUACAAGUCUGCAAAGCUCCCGGACUUUUUCCUUUGCGUCUGCACUUUGCCAUUGUACCAUGGGCAUGCGCUUGCUCAAAGGGGAUAUUCACUUGCAGCCUCCAUCCGUCUCCGUAUUCACCGGUAGAUCGGCGUUUGGCUCCGCACCUCGGCAACAUUCCCAGAACAUGUCUUACGUUUCUGAGCUUGGCAGAGCCUUCGACUUGUUCAACAACUCUUCAACAUUAGCCGAUAAACACUUCAUGCAACCGAUCCUCGACGGCUUCCGAUUGCAUCUUGGUUUUGAAGAUCGAUUUCAGCCAUGGCUUCGAGCUUUGUCCGCCCGUCAGCGUGCCACCCAGAGAUUUGCAAGCUCGAGCAAUCGUUCAUCAGCUGGAGAGAGGGGAGGGUGGGGGAGGCAUGCUGAUGCACACGUGCAGCAUGACCUCACGAGCCCGAGCAGACGGCCUUCCUUGCCGCCGACGAACCCUGUAUGGUGCGGCUAAAUGGACUGCAGUUCAACAACGCCCAUGACUAUCGGCCGAAUCCAUUGUGCAAACCCGUAGGAAGGGAAACACCACUUCGCUAAUGUAGGGCGCAG